AGAUGUCGAGGCCGGUGAGUGCCUUCGUCUUUCCCGGUCGCACGGAUCAUGUCGAGCCUUCCUUGCUGAUUUGCCGCAACCUCGUCUCCCUGGGAUGGCAGAUCGAAUACGUUUGUGAAGAACGCUAUGAGGAACAGAUCCGGGACGCGGGGGCAGCCUUCCAUGACAUCGAGGAUCUUUGUACAGCUCAUGGCCUGGACUUGAAAAGGAUCCACGAGGACUAUGAGGAUCCAACUGCCACCUGGUCGGCGCAGUUUGGAAGCAUUGCCACUGAGAGGCUGAUUCCAGUCUUCAAGGACUUCUUCAAAACUCUUUCGCCCAAGGUGGUCGUCUACUGUCCAAUCCUGUGUGGCUACGCCCAUUUCGCGGCCACGUGCCUGAAGAUCGUGGACGUGUCCGUGCUGACUCGACCCGGGCCGGGCUUCUUGAACGCUGAGCUGGCCAAAAACAACGAGACGCCCGCAGGCCUCAUUGAGAAGAUUCGGGCGAAUCUGCCCAAUGCCAAGGCGAUCGAACAAGUCCGCAGGCUCUUGCAGAAGCCUAACCUUUCUUUGAACAGCUCUGAACCCCUGGUGCACGAGAAUUACACGCAUUUGAAUCUGGUCACAAGCCUGCAAUCCUUAGCAGAUCCGCUGACCGAGAAGGAUGCGUGUGUCUUCUUUGCGCAGGGCAAAAAGUUCGAAUUCGUGGGGCCUUUGAUGAAGGUCGAUCGCAAACAGUCAUUCUGUAUAGACCAAGAUCUAGCGCACGACAUUUCACAGGCCAUGCGGAACAAGAAAGACAUCAUUUUGGUCUCCCUGAUGCAUCCAACUCCAAGUUCUGAGCUGGGCGAGGUGCUUUGUCGGACCAUUUGCAAAGCCUGCGGACCUGGGAGCUCCCUCGUUGCAGAUCCCUUGGUGAUCUUCUCCAUCGCGUCCCAGCUCGACUUCGACGACAAAGAGGCGUCCUGGCCCGAGAAUUGCCGCACUACAGAGGUGCCUUCUGUGGAGUUGUUGAAGUUGGCGGAACCCACGCUCUUCAUCACUCAUGGAAGCCAGACGGAUUUCAUGGAAAGCUUGUCAGUGGGGAGCCCAUUGAUCAUUUGUCCAAGUUCACCUGAUCAUGCGGAAGAACUCUUGAAUGCCUCGCGCGUGCAGCACCUGGGGGUGGGUGAAAAGGUGAUCUUCACUGGAGAUCUGGUGGCCUACGAGGCCAAAACGACGGUCUCCGGGGGGUUGGCUGCCAUGGCUGUCCUUCACGGCCAUGGCAGCACAGGCACGAACUCACUUCUGCGCGGUUGAUGUCUGACAAAAAGGAGUCUACCUGGACCUUCAAGGGGUGUCCAAUGGAGGUCCCUUAGUAGUGUAGGGGCUUCCAUUGGUGACCCCUUUGAAGGUGCUGGUAUCUAACCUUAAUGGCUGUGUCUCCAAGCUCGCUAAAGACCCUGGCAAAAAGAAAAACGAACCGCGAAGACUGCCCUGGAAAGAAUACAUAAUCACAUGGUACCACCUACAUCACCCCCGGCACCCUCCAGGUUCCAAGUUCAGUUCCUCUUUUCGCAGAGUCCCUGAAACUAAGUAAAUCAAGGCAUGGCCGCAUACGGCCGCAUGGCCCUUGUCACCUUUUUCAAAACGUAUGCAAAGAAACAAGUGUUACGGUGUUCUUCCUUUUUCAACGGUGUUUUUGCUUGUGAAAAGACACCGUCAUCAACGGGGUUUGAAAUGUGCUCAAAAUCCGACGGGGAAAGACGCCGCUAAGCCUAAAGACACCGUCUGGACGCCUCAAAACCGUCUCUUUAUGUUUCUCUUUUGUUCUCACCUUGCUACCACAAAAUUUGCCGGUUUCCGCCUUGUCAAACAAUGGCUCCGGCCAAGAAUCGUGGGUGCCGUUUCAAGAUCUCCCAACAACACCCUCUUUCCGCUCAUGCUGCUUCGGUCCCCGCUGCAGGCUCAGCUCUGGUGGUCGCUCGAGCAGCUCCUGGGCACCGGCACCCGUCGCAGCUUCCGCCUCAAUGCCCAGUUGUUGGCCGAGGAGAUCCGUGACUCUGGCGGUACGGACCGCGCCAGCGAGCUGAUCCAGGACACGGCGCCGCGCUCGAAGCGCGCCACCGUGCAGUCGCGCAUCAGUCGGUGAGCGAGAGCCACGAGCCACCCACCGUGAGGGUGACGGAUGACCGAAGCGACCGGGUGGAGCCUUCCGUUCGAAGAGUCGCGGCGUUUUCGGCUGAACACGGCCGCCUUGGGGCUUCAUCGGCAGGGUCACGCGUUCGUUCGAUGUAUUUUUGCCUUUUUUGGGGUCGGGGCAUGAGUGCCUUCAGUGCGCCGCGGAUCAGCGAAGCUGAUGCCGGUCCUUCCAGGAUGGGGAGUUUCACCAGAUAGCGCCAA